CGUCUUCUUCCUUUUUAACGCAAGACCUUGUUGCUCUUUCCAUUUUCUUCUUCAUCGUUGAAUUCUUGAAUAGUCCCGCUCUCUCCGCCUCCUUGUUCCUUCAGUCAACUGUCAGCGGUUCCCUUUUCAGAUUCUGCUUCUACGCUCCUUUCUGAUUUGAAUCUGAGGCCAGUUUCUGAGAGCGAGUAUCAAUGGCUGCUGCUCAGGAUAAAGUUGAAGACGUAAAGCCAGACACAACUAUUGCAUCUGGCAGCUGCCAUGACAAUGUUGGGGCACAAUCUGAAACUGUGAUCCGGCUGAGAGAGUUGUAUUCAUAUGAUGCUAAUCAAAGGCCAAAGGUGAGGAAAGCCUACACUAUCACAAAACAAAGAGAAAAAUGGACAGAGGAAGAGCAUCAGAAGUUUCUUGAAGCCUUAAAGCUCUUUGGUCGUGGCUGGCGUCAAAUAGAAGAACAUAUUGGCACCAAGACCGCUGUCCAAAUUCGAAGCCAUGCUCAAAAGUUUUUCUCUAAGGUUGUCCGGGAGUCAAGUGGCACUGAUGAGAGCUCCAUCAAACCAAUAGACAUACCUCCUCCUCGGCCAAAGAGGAAACCAAUGCAUCCUUAUCCCCGUAAGCCAGUUGAUACCCUCAGCAGAGCAUCUCCUAAUCAACCAGAAAGGUAUCCAUCGCCUAGUUUCUCAAUUGCAGAUGGUGAGAACCAAUCUCCUACCUCAGUUCUAUCAGCAGUUGCUUCAGAAAAAGUGAGUUCUGGUGUUUCAGAGCAGAACAAUCAAUGUUCCUCGCCAACCUCAUGCACUACUGAGAUGCAGUCAAUUAACUUAUCACCUACUGAGAAAGAAAAUGAGCACAGGGCAUGCAACCCAUGUGCUGAACAAGAUAAAGGAUCGUUUUCAGAUCAAGUUUCUGCUGUUACUAUACUGGAGAACUUUUUACCAAUGGAAUUUGAGGCCAAGGAAACUCCAAGCAGUGAAGGUAAUGGGCCCACAGUAGCACCUUCUACAAGUAUUAAACUGUUUGGAAGGACAGUUUCAGUAACAGAAUCCCAUAAACCGCAAUUGUUGGAUGCACAGAGUUUCAGGUCACCGACUUCUGAGGCUGGUCAGGAUAAUUUUAAUAUUAACUAUGAAGAGAUUGUUCAAACUCCCGAAGCAAAACAGACAUACAUGGAAUUGUCCCUUGGAUUGGUUAAUGAUGACUACAAUUUAUUGCCAUCGGGAGCUCCAGUUUACCAUUCCAUUGGAUUGCAGAACUCCAAUUCAGUUGAAGCCACCACUUUUUUGCCAUCUUGGGCAUUCUACCAACAGUCUCCCUUGUUAUACCAUGCAGGGUAUAAUCAACCCUCUGUACAGACACCUAUUGAUUCUUGUACUGGUUCAAAUGCUGGCUCUGUUAGUGAUGCAGAAAAUAGGGAGACCAACUCAGAUACUGUUGAUUCUGUGUGUCAACAGCCCUACCCUGAGGAAAGAGCCAGCCCCAGUAAACGUAUGAAGGGGUUUGUGCCAUACAGAAGAUGUUUAGCAGAGAGAAAUGUGAGGUCUGCCGUUGUUGCAUCAGAAGAACGAGAGGGGCAACGAGCUCGAGUAUGCUCUUAGUAUCUAUCUCCUUAAGCUAAUUGUGUUUGUUUCAGGAUGUAAUCGACAGUGUAAGGAUGUGCCAUAACAUGACAGGUGAUUGCUGCAAAAAUCCUAGGAAAUAAUUUCCAAAAGAGCUCCCUUCAGUCACCAACUUUUGGUCAUGAGUGUGCUUUGAGGAAGUUGAUUAAGGUCUAAGAUUCCAGAGGAGGUAUGCUAUUUCCAAAGAGCUCCCUUCUUUCCUUUUUGGCAUUGCAGUUGUUUCAUGCUGGUAACAUAAUGCCCUCUUGUGUACUUCUGUAUUGUCUUUUUUUUUUUCUUUUUUCUUUCCCUUUUCUUGAUUUUUUUUCUUCCCCUUCUUUCAUCAUCAUUAAGCGUUUCAUACUAUUUGUAUUUGUCCCAAAUGUACUUUUGUAAAUUGAAAAAUGUCCUUAAGCCGUUGGUAGUCGGAACUUUCUUUAGACUAAAUUCUUUCAAUCA